CUCAUUCCGGGGCCUCAUGUGCAGACUGUUGCUGCUGUAAUAUGCAGACUGUGGCCGCUUGCAACCAAGUUUGAGUCCGAUUGCCCGCUGGCUGCCGUGUGCACUGUGUCCACGUCACACGCCGCGUUACCGACCUUACCGGGAGAGCGACGCAACGGGGCUUCAGGGACUUCUGGAAGCGGUUCGGGCCAAAUUGGACGGUGGUCACACAUCAGAGCACUCCUUGAGCCGCUGGGAGCAGAGCAGUGGGUACAACGAGCGGCUUCUGGUGGCGGCUGGGGCCAAAGUGCACCUUCUGAACCAAACAGGCAAGAGUGCCUGGGACAUCGCAGAACAGAAAAAACAAGUGAACUGCUUGGCCUUAUUUCGAGAGCUCCCAGUUUCUGUCUCGCUGCUCAGCGGAAAACAUGUCCUGUGUAGUCUGAAAGACUGUGCUCGCACUGUGAAGGAGCUCCAGGAGGAAGCCCAGCUGAAGCUGGGAGUUCACAUUACGUGCCUUUUCAAUGCUUCCGGCGAGAAGUUGUCAGAGUUCCUGACACUGCCGGAAGCAGGAAUUGACAAUGGCGAUUCUCUGCAAGCUCUUGUCAUGGUCGAGCCCACUGACGAGGAGAUGAUUCAAGAGGCCCCCACCCCGGCCCGGGCAGCGCGAGGCAGCGCCUUGAGGUUUCCCCUGGCGGAGGCUGCCGACGGUGGCCACGGCAGAGGCGGCACACUUGGCCACCCUCGAGGACAUGUUUUUCCUCAAGAAGCAGAGCGCACAAGGGCUGGAAGCGUGCAGCCCCAGAACGCUCAAGGCAAACAAGGCACAUAUGAUUUGGAGGAUCCGCAGCAGCUGGUGCAAUUCAUCUUGGAUGCCAACGUCGGUCUGAUCCGCUUGGAAUACUUGAUGGAGCUGUGUGCCCGUGGCCAAAAACUGAGGCGCCGGCAGGAAACUGAGACAGAGAUGACCAGUGCAAACCAGCCUGCCAUUGUCGCCCGCGAAGAGCUUGCUAGCUUGGAGUACGAUGAGAUGGGCAACAUCACCACUUUCAUCAGGGAUCCCAAGCCAAGACGAGUGAAGGUGACCAUUGCGUCCAUCUCACACGUGUGGGAAAGCAUGGAACAUCCAGAUCCAUGGGGCUUUCAACUGCAUAGUGUAGUCGAGCGGUGCCAGCCCAUGCUUGCUGAGGGCUUGGUGUGGAUCUUUUUUGAUUACUCCUCGCUGUAUCAGUAUGGAAACCGGACCGCCGCUCAAGAACAGGCCUUUCGCACUGCGUUAGAAGAGAUGCACACCCUCUAUGCCCACGAAGCAGUUCAGGUGCAUAUUUUGGACUGCCUGACGCCAAAAGACUGGCGAACUGAUGGUGUGCUUCCAGUAUUUGCCGAACGCCGAGGUCGUGUGACUGAGGUCGCGACAAAAAAGUUGAAGAUAAACAUCACACCUUAUGCCAGUCGGGGGUGGUGCCAAGCUGAGCAACAGUGGGCGAGCUUGCGAUCGUCCUUGAGUGGCUGUAUCCCCUUGCCCCCGCACUUGUUCAAGAAAAGAAUGGACCAGCUCAAGUUUACCCAUAGAAGCGAUACAGAUGUUGUGGCCAAAUUGCAAGCAAAAGUCUUUGAAGAAAAGGUGGCUUCCACCAAGAACUUAAUGGUGGAGGAUCUUGAUGAAGAAGGACUAGAAGUUCUAUGUGAAGCACUACCAUUCUACAAAGACCUAGAUGCAAUUGUCUUGAAUGGUAUUGAACUUGGACGUGAUGCCGCUCUUGCUGCAGCGGGAACUGACGCAACAUCGAUGCAGCUGGAGAGUUGUAGCCUGACUGAUGCAGACAUCAUUGACAUCGUUCAGGUUUUGAAAGGGUGCAAACGAAUCAAAGAACUCCGCGUGGCAAACAACCAUUUCGGUGACGAAGGCCAGAGAGCACUGGUGGAGCUUUCCUCAGUGAACCCGGGCCUGAAGAUUGACGUUUUGCAAUAGUUGCAGUAGAGCUCUAAUCGUUUUGGCCACAAGUGCCAAGUGCUUUGCCAAAAAA